GGACAGACAAAUUGGACAGGUGGAGUAAUAAACAACACUAGCACAGUUGGUGAUUGUAAUUCGGAUGAGAAUCAAUCGUCCUACGAAUAUAAAACGUAAUGCUUAUCCGCGCCCAACACCUGCCCUUCCUGUCCCAUUCCGGUUCCUUCAUCCGAUUCUCUUCCCAUCAAAAGUUAGCUUAUCCGGCUGUCUUCGAAUCUUUCUCAACAGUGAAUGAGCCGCUGUUUUGGUAAAACAAAAACCGGUGUUUUGGAGCAAAGUUUAAGGGGGUACAAAAGGUGAUAUAGCUCUCAGUGGUGAUACUCAAAUUGAGCAGCUUCAGAAACAGAAAUUCAGUCUAUAUAUAUUAGAGAGAGAAAGAGCAAAUGGGCAAGGGAGGGAUGUCUGUUGGAGAGGAAGUGAAAGAUGGUGGAGAGGAGAACUUGGCAGCUUGGCUUGUGGGUAUCAAUACCCUCAAAAUCCAGCCUUUCAACCUCCCUCCUCUUGGUCCACAUGAUGUCAGAGUCAGGAUGAAAGCUGUUGGUAUCUGUGGAAGCGAUGUUCACUACCUCAAGACCUUACAAUGUGCGCACUUUGUUGUCAAAGAACCAAUGGUUAUGGGGCACGAGUGUGCAGGGGUCAUAGAAGAGGUUGGGAAUGAGGUGAAAUCACUGGUGCCUGGCGACCGGGUAGCCUUGGAGCCUGGCAUCAGUUGCUGGCAAUGUGGUUACUGCAAAGAAGGUCGAUACAAUCUGUGCCCUGACAUGAAGUUUUUCGCAACUCCUCCUGUCCAUGGUUCUCUUGCCAAUCAGGUGGUGCAUCCAGCAGACCUAUGUUUUAAGCUGCCUGACAAUGUGAGUUUGGAAGAAGGGGCAAUGUGUGAGCCCCUCAGUGUUGGUGUCCAUGCUUGUCGUCGUGCCAAUGUUGGUCCAGAGACCAACGUAUUAAUCAUGGGAGCAGGACCCAUAGGUCUGGUUGCAUUGCUCUCUGCACGUGCUUUUGGAGUUCCCAGAAUUGUCAUUGUGGAUGUAGAUGACUACCGCCUCUCAGUUGCCAAGGAACUUGGUGCAGAUGAAAUUGUCAAAGUUUCCACAGUUAUGCAGGAUGUGGCUGAAGAAGUAGUAAAGAUUCAUGAGGCUAUGGGGACUGGAGUGGAUGUAACAUUUGACUGUGCUGGCUUUAGCAAAACCAUGUCAACAGCUCUCAGUGCUACUGGUCCUGGUGGCAAAGUUUGCCUCGUGGGUAUGGGUCAUAAUGAAAUGACUGUCCCUCUCACUCCAGCUGCCGCACGGGAGGUCGAUGUGAUUGGAAUCUUCCGCUACAAGAACACAUGGCCUUUAUGUAUCGAAUUUCUUAGGAGUGGUAAGAUUGAUGUGAAGCCCUUGAUAACCCAUAGGUUUGGGUUUUCUCAAAAGGAGGUUGAAGAAGCCUUUGAAACCAGUGCUCGAGGUGGUACUGCCAUUAAGGUCAUGUUUAAUCUGUAAAAUAUAUCUUGACUCUUGAGAGACUAUAAGCAGUCUGGUUUUUUUUUUUUUUUUGUUGAAAAUACUGAUUGUGAAAAAAUAAGAGAGUGAAGUUUGUAUCUCGAAUUACAUGUAUUCAAGGUUUCAAACCUUCGUAUCUUAUAAAAUAUCCUAUAAUGUUUACAAAUUCA